ACCGAGACCUUUAAGGGCAAACUUCCAUUUUUUUUAACAGCAUCUUCUUGGUCCCUGAAGUGAUCGCAUCAAAAAGUACAACAUAGUGUUUGGAUGUAAUUGGGACUUGAUACGUUUUUAAAUAUUCCGGAUAAAACAUCAAUUGUUCGUUGUUGUUACAAAGUUGUGAGACCAAGAUGUUUCUAUCAUCAACGUAGUAUACACAUUUAUUUUUAAAUAGAAUGUGGUCAUUAUUCCAGAAUUUGUAUCAGUGUGUUGCGUUCCAAGAGUUUCUUUUCUACGGUUUUGCAGUAAAUCGUUUCCGUCGGACAGGUAACCCGCUGUGAGGCGGGAUUCUUUUUCUUUCUUUCUUUUUCUUUUGUCACCGUAGCGGCCACCUGGGCAACAGGAUUUGGCGGUCGUACGCUACAUUAGCGGACUAGACGAAUGUUUGGAAGAUAGAAUCAAAUCUCACUGAAGUAAGAAGAAUGGUCUCAGAGUUGGAAAGAGCAAUCACGGAUGCAUUCAAUAGCAGGAAUGUUACACCUCUGAGAGUAUUCCUGCAAAAGAGCACAAAUGAGGCUGUCAAAUGUUCCUCAGAGUUUCUCAACAAAUUGGACAAUUAUGUCAUUUGGAGCUUGGAUGAAAAAGAUUCCAAUGCUACUUGUGUAGCUCUCGCAGUCCUCCGUAUUUGUGGGAAGAACCUGACAUUUCCUACGGGGAGUCGAGGAAUUACAGGAAUAAUGCAUCAAGGCUUGAUCCAGAAGAUGGUACAGUGGUUUGACAAAUGCAAGCAACUGUGGAUUCAGCAUGGACCACACUGUGAUAAAUCCUUGUCUAAACUGUCAGAGGACUUCUUUGAUGCCAUAAUGAUGGUCCAUGUAGCAUCCAAAGAUGCAAUGGUCGGAAUCCGCUCCUUUCUACAUCCUAUUGGCCAGUUGGUAAAUGAUGUCAGAGUUUGUAUUGCCAUCAGAAAAGAGGCAAUCUCUGCAUUGAACGUAAUUCUGAAAGAAAUUUCAAUGUCACUUGAGAAAGAAAUGAUCCUUUCCUCAGUGGAGACCUCUGAUAUGAUGAUGAACCUGGCUGAUCAGAUAAUGCAAUGCGGAGAUUACGACAUGCAGGUUUCUCUGAUUGAGGUAUUAUUCCGAUUGACCACACCUGACCAGAGAGAAAAGCUGGCGCCUCUCUGGUUCAGCAUGCCACAAGUAGCCUGUGCCUUUGGCGAGAUACAACCUUCGGUGUUUGACAUGGAUUGUCGCACAUUUCUGAUCUUUGUGAAUGGAUUGCAGGGAGAUCAUACAAGCUGUAGAGUGAAAUCCUACCCAUGUUUGGAGGUUUAUCUGGACAAUUACAAGUUGCUGAUGCCAUCUGAUAAAUUUGGCAAAUUCUGGAUUGACUUCAAUCUUGGAAGCCAAAGCAUCUCUUUUUAUUCCUCAUCCGUUGAUGAAAAGUCUCUGGCAGGUUUCUGGGAUUCAAUCUCUAUCUCUGAGAAUGAAAUCCACAGUUAUACUGUCACAGAACAUGGGACGAAACAAGUAUUACAGUUAGAGCUGUCCAAAGUGGUCAUGACAGGGAGCGCAAAAGGAUCACGUAUUAUCAUCUUCUUUUCCUCCAAUUUGGACAUCCUGCAGGCUGUUUAUUGCAUCUGUGGACACAGAAAGCAAAAACAGAGCACUGUGAGAAAGACAUCCACUGUAAAUAUGAAACUUAAAAUUGUCACUGAGGAGGACAAAUCCCAGGUCCGAGCCAACUUCAGUAACCGCAAUUCAAAACAUGGCAUACAUAAAUCAGACACUUCAGCAGAGAACAAAGGGAAUCAAUGUCUGGAGAUGUUUCACACUUCUGGUAGAAAGAAGGGUGCUAACCUGAUAGAACAAAAGACCACUGAUACGCUCAAAUGUAUGGUGACAAAGCAGAACAUUCCAGUAAUAAGUGAAUCCAAAAGGAUCCCAGCAGGGCAGUGUACAGACCAUUCUCAGGAUCUUCUUAUAGAGGAUUCCUUUGUGCCUGACACCCCAUUAAUGAAGAGAAAAAUGUCUCAGAGGAAUAAUUUGUCAGUUUUGGAAAUUUUCAGAAGGCCUACACAAAAGAACAAUCCUAUUAGAAAUAAUGAGCAAUGUUCAAAUGUUGCAAAGAAGCAAGAGUCCCUCUUAUCUGCCCAGAGGGUUCCAGGCCCAUAUUGCAGAAAGCAGCUCCACAGGAAACGCUCUCUGCACCCACAAAAGGUCAAGGAGCGAAGCACAGAUUUUGCACCUAAAGAAGUUGCCACAACCAUGACGUUGAUUUCUGAUCAGAAGAGCUCUGAAGAAAAAAUCCAUCAGGCCUCAUGUGAUUUGAGUCUGCAUACUCCCGAAAAGGUCCAGGUCCAGGGAAAACAACUUGACCAAAAAAUGAACAGGGGCAGGCAACCGUCAAUGGCUACUUCAAUUAAGGCAUCCACAGCCAAUCAGGAAAGACAUUCAAAUAAUAAGAGAAAUAAUACAACUGCAGGAAACAUGGUGAAACUAAUUUCAAGCUAUUACACCACAGACAAGCAAUCCAAGGAAACGGUUAUAAGUGUACCUCAGCGCUGGAUUCCACCUCAAGUCAGCAGCUUGUGUUCCACUGGUAAAAAAAAUACACAAGCAGUAGAUGUAACCAAAUCCCACAGUAAGACCACAUCAAUUAAAAAAAGAAAAGAUGUUUUUGAUUUCAGCUAUGACGAAGCAUUCAGUAUCGGGAGAAGGUACAAUACAGUCCUUGGCAAAUCUGCCACAUCAAACAAGGGCAUCUGUGACUCAUUACUGAACCAUACCACAGCCUGGACAGGACAACUGGCAGCAAAGGAGAAACAAAAUAAAAAGAAGCAUCUGUUCAGUGGCACGAACAAUAAAAGCUCUCCAGAUGUCAUCUGGCGGACAGAGUCAAACAAGAAAGCCCAAUGCAAAACAACAUAUACCUGCAAGCAACAAAUCAGGCCCAAAAAAUCUUUGGCCCAUAAUUCAAUUGAAGCCCAAGUCUUACCAAAAUGUGGAAAAAGUAAUGCAAGACUCAGUAAGGAGAUUCCAAACCCUGACAAAUCCUUCAGUUUCAACAAGAGACCCCGGCGAAAUGCAACCUUUGUCAAGAGCUAUAAAGAGCAAGACACCGAUGAGAGCCUCUCAGUGUCAGAGAUGCCUCAAGCAACCAAGGCAUGUAAAAUUACUCAGCCAAACAAGUCCAACACGACAAAAAUUCAGGCACAGAGAAGGACGUCAAAGUGUCGUCCUGACCACCACGCCUCCUCUUCCUCGACCAAGAAGAUGCGAUUCCCUGAAAUGUCUACCCAGUCUCCGGAGUUCUCCUCUCUAAUCGGCCUGCCAAUGUGUUCAUCACCAAAGGAGACAAGUGUGAUCCAGCAGUCUUCACUUUCACUGCCCUUUGCUCCCUUGACAGCAUUGAAGCUGUCCCCUAUCACCAGUCCUCCCCAUUCACCUUUUCUUGGAGCCCCAAAGAAUCCUGACCUGAAUUGUAGCUUCAGUCAGGACUCUGCUGUAUCUCAGAUUUCCCUGAGUCUGUCAUUUGCCAUUGAAGUUCAGCAAAGCCCUUCACAGGCUGUUAGUGAGAAAACAGAGAAGACACCACUCUCAAAAGAAAGUUCUGCGGUUACUAUAGGUUCAACUGCAGAUGAGACCAUUGAAGACGAGAUGACCCCUGGGCUGACCACACCCUUCUUGAUGAUGACAAAUCACUACAGCAGAAAUGGGGAAAAUGGAACGAUGGACUUGAAGGACUUAGACUUACCGGAUGUUGUGGUUAACCACAAUUUUCUGUCUCCACAAUUUACAGCCAAACUAAAGAUGAAAUUACAGAUGCAGAAAAGCCCCCAGAUAAUGGACAGUUAUCACAAAGAGAAUAUGAUGACCAUCCAGCAGCACAUCUCCUCUCUUAACACGCAACUUAGUAAACACAGGACUCAGAAGUUGGAAGAUAUCAAAUAUGUCUUUCAAGAAGAGAUCUCCAAACUGGAGCAGGGAAAGUCUAUGCUGAAUAACAUGGAGAAAGACCUGACCAUAUGCCGUGAAAAGCAGCACACUUUUUUACUGUCUUAUCACAAGCAGGAAACAAAGAGCAUAGAGGCCCUGAAGAGAACUCAGACUGGCAUCUCUUCAAUCCUUGAGUACGAGGAGCCAUUAUUCGCCUCCCAGAUGGCUCAUCUUAAAAAAGACAUGAAGUCAAUUCAAGAGCGACUCCUCAAAACAAUGCACGUAGAGGCUUUGGGAAGUUUGAAGAGAGUUCUGCAUGCAUGGGUCCUUGCUGAUUGAAGUUGAAGUUUUAAGUGCAAGCUAGGUUACACUGCUGUUAGUGAAAAUAUGUGCAUGUAAUUCUCAAGUGUAAAUUAAGUCAUGCUGUUACUGUUAGGAAAAGAUAUGUACAUUUAAAAUGGGAGUUGCAAUAUUACUGCUUUUAUAUGCUAGUUUAAUUUUAUGUUAAGUUUUAAUUUCAAGUUCAGUUGGUGUUUCGGAUUCUUGCCAUUUUUUAUUUUGAAAUGCAAUCUUUACUAGACUUUCAUGGCUCAUUUAUACA